AACGUUUUCGGAUGGAUUUUGUUUGCCUUUCUUGACAAGAAAACUAUAACUAUUUGAUUAUAGUUUAUCAAAGGUAACUUGCCAGCGACAUGAGAAGUAUGUUCAUUGUUUUCAUGUGGACUAACUUACUGGAUGAUUUUAUUCAUUUCUUAUAGCUUCACUCAAAUAAUUCUCCCUAUAUUUUUGGGUAAUUCAUUUCAUCCAAUAGUUGAUAGUUGCUUCAUUAUUACAAAAAUUGAUCAGACCAGGAAAAGAGAUCUGACGAUAGUUUUUUCGUUAUUACGAAAAAUUCAUCAGAGAGAAAAAUAAAUCUUAUCUGAUAGUUUGUUCUUUUUCCCCAUUAUCUGAGAAAAGUUCUCCCUAGAUUGCGGAUGCAAUCGUGGCAUGAGAUUGUUAAGAGUAAAGACAUGCAUAUGGGUACUAUGUAGAGUAUUCAAAGAGGUCAUCUUCAUGAAACUAGCAGAGGAUAGACAUUAGGAAAAAUGAGAGAUGAGAGAACCAACGUCCUGGUUGCCUCGGCCCUCUCCGGACCGCCGGCCUUCGCUGCUGCCGCUGGCCACUACGACCUCCAGAAGGACCUCUUCAUAACGCAGAGCCUCGGCGAGCCUCAGGGCGACGGCUCAUCGAUGUACAGGGUGACGGUGACGAACCAGUGCGCCGGCGACGAACGCACGGGCAAGCCCUGCGUCAUCUCCAGGAUCCGCCUGCAGUGCGGCAACUUCCGCUCCGUCAUCCCCGUCGACCCCAAGGUGCUCCGCGUCGUAGUCCUCGGCGUCUGCCUCCUCAACGCUGCCACUACAUCCCGCAGGACCGCAACGUCUCCUUCGUCUACACCAGCUACCUGCGAGAAAACCUCUAUGUCCUCUCCGCCGUGUGCAGCCUCGGACGUUGAUUUCGCUUUUGUUUUACUCAACUGGCGCGUGUAUGUCAUCUUUAGAGUUUAGACACCGGUAUGAAAUUUUGGUAGGAUCGAUCAGAGGAUGUUUAGAUGUGCCCGAAGAGAUGUCGUUCAUGUGGACUUAGCACAGGCGUGGUAUUUACUUUAGUUGUUUCACUCUUUUUAAUAUGUAUAAAGCAUUGUGUGUAUUUGAAAAAAAAGCUUUAGUAGUUUCGUCACUGUGUUUAA